UAUGCCGAUUGCUAUUAUGAACGGAACAGAAAUGAUGUCUGAAGCUAAUCAAACGUAUAACCCACUUGAACCACAAGGGCUGGAUGUACUUUACUCGCUGUCCUAUAAGUGGUUGUUGCCCAUAGCUAUCCUAUUGGUUAUCUCAGUCGGAUCUCUCUUCAGCCGUUUGCAAGAUCGGAAGCCUGUCGACCCAUCAUUAGUCGUACCCGUUUGUGAUUAUCUGUGUUGCUGUAUCCCUGAGACAUUCAAACGGAAGAUGCGAUGUGGAGUCAAGUAUUCGGACACAGAAAAAGAUACUGCUGAAGGUGCCCUAACUGAAGAAGUGAUGCUUGACUUAAUGCCUGUACCAGGGAGAGCUCCAAAAGAUAUAUAAACAGUAAGCAUUACUGUUAAAUCAAUUAACACAUCAUAAUGUGCUGUUAUUGAGUCAAAUAGAAACAAAUGUGCUAACUUUUCAAACAAAAAAAGACAAAAAGGAGCACAAACUCUUAAAGGAACACAGAAAUUAGAAUUGAGCAGACACAAACUUCAAACGCAAAAUUGAUCAGCUUGUAGCGGUACAGAUUACCUCUUGUCAAACCUGUGAAUAGAAGCAGCCAUAGUCGCCUCUUGUGGGACAUUGUACUUUUAAAAUGGAUGGGUACCUUUCACA